AUGGAAUCAUUUGAAAGUCAUGUCGAUGAACUCUUUUCAUUUGUCGAAUUGCAAUGUUUGUAUGAGAGACUUACUAAACUUUGUGAUAUUCAUCAUGCAAUACUUGGCUACUUGAUCGAUGCUUGCUUCUCUAUCCGACCUUCUGGCGCAAAAAUAAAACUACUGUUGAUGGAAGAUAUUUAUGUCGGUCACACCGGACCAUAUGAGAUGACAAUGUCGUUUGUUAUGGGGUCGCUUGAUGUUGCUCGGCAAGUGGCUAUACUUUACAUAAUAUGGAUAAAGAAUAUGAAUUCCAUUCACCCACAACUCACACAGCCUGAGCACGAAAAACAUUACGAUAACAGCACUUUUAAUGUUCUUUCUGGAGCCCUCAACAAUUUUUUCCCUCUUUCUCUUAAAAAUAUUUAUUCCAAUACUCACGAGUUUUGGAGCAGCACAAGAAGAAAUGUUGAAUGA